CCAAAACGCCUGCGCCACGUCCCCUCCCAUACACAGGUUGGCAGCACUGAGUCACGUCAAGUAACUAUCAAUAAAGCUUGUUUUUAGUUUUCGUAUAAUUUGAGCAAAACCCGAGCAUAAAUGGUGUGAAACUGCAAUGGCAACGUCAAAAACAACAAACACAUACAAUCGGCAAAACUGGGAGGAUGCGGACUUCCCGAUUUUGUGUCAAACCUGUCUGGGGGACAACCCUUAUAUUCGCAUGACUAAAGAAAAAUAUGGCAAGGAGUGUAAAAUCUGUGCGCGCCCUUUCACAGUGUUUCGGUGGUGUCCUGGGGCUCGUAUGCGUUUCAAAAAGACAGAAGUUUGCCAGACUUGUAGCAAGUUGAAGAACGUGUGUCAGACGUGUCUCCUGGACUUGGAGUACGGCCUCCCUAUACAGGUCCGGGACGCUGCCCUCAAACUCAAGGAUGAUCUCCCCAAGAGCGACGUUAAUAAGGAAUAUUAUAUCCAGAAUAUGGAGCGCGAGUUGCAACGGUCGGAUACUGGCGUUUUGUCGAAUAAGUUGAACGAACCGAAUGACUUGCUAAUGCGUUUGGCGCGAACAGCCCCCUACUACAAACGAAACAGGCCCCACGUAUGUUCAUUUUGGGUGAAAGGGGAGUGCAGAAGAGGCGAGGAGUGUCCUUACAGACACGAGAAGCCAACAGAUCCUGAAGACCCCCUUGCUGAUCAAAACAUAAAAGACCGCUACUACGGCGUGAACGACCCUGUUGCUGAUAAAUUAUUGAAAAGAGCGGCAGCCAUGCCUGCAUUACCGCCCCCUGAAGACAAAACCAUCACAACUCUAUACAUCGGCAAUCUUGGUACUCUCACCGAACAAGACAUCAGGGACCACUUCUACCAAUACGGGGAGAUCCGCUCUGUUAGUUUAGUCCCUAAACAGCAAUGCGCCUUCGUCCAGUACACGACCAGAGCAGCCGCUGAAACGGCCGCCGAAAAAACCUUCAAUAAGUUGAUUUUGGGCGGCCGCCGACUUACCAUCAAAUGGGGGCGGUCUCAAGGACGCGCGGGCCCCGCGAUUAACCCGGGACUUGAGGCCUAUGAACCUGUGCCAGGCCUUCCGGGGGCUCUGCCUGAAUUGAGUAAUAAUUUCUUUAAUCUCGAACCGGGACACAUUCCAUUGCCGAAUAUGCCGCCACCGCCGUCUCUCAUCGUUCCGCCGAUGUUCGGCCCCCCGCCCAUGCCCCCAUUUUUCUUUAAUCCGCCCCAGUUGUCGGCGUAUGUCCCCACAGCGGCUUCGAGCAGCACUGUGACGAGUGAGGCGACAGGGGGGCCCUCCAAAAGCACAGUGCAUUAUCCCAGCCAGGAUCCGGCCAGGCUGGGAGCCACGCAGUUGCAUGCAGAUAGGCAGGAGUAGGUCUUAGGUCUUAUGAGGUGUACAAUUUUUUAUCAAUAAAAAAUUAUGACCAGUG